AGGUUGAUGUCACUGAGUCUUCAGGACAGGACUCAACUAGGCAGAGCUGGUCAGGGGGGGAAACGCUGAAGAUCCACUGAGAGCUGAAAAAGUAGGCGAUGUUGCAGCUAGGAUCCUGUUUAUGGACAUUGUGGGAAGGCUGUUGUUAACAGUCCAGAGGGGGCUCGUAGGUGUUUUUCCUCAAAGCUUGAAACGUUGAGGCAGCCUCAUCGCCGCAGUAUUUUUAGAUCACUUCUGAAAGGAAUACAAAAAAUGUCGUCUCCAAGUCCGGGCAAGAGGCGAAUGGAUACCGACGUGGUGAAACUCAUUGAGAGCAAGCACGAGGUCACCAUCCUCAGUGGACUCAAUGAGUUUGUGGUCAAGUUCCAUGGACCGCCUGGAACGGCAUAUGAAGGAGGUGUGUGGAAGGUGCGAGUGGACCUACCAGAUAAAUAUCCCUUCAAAUCACCAUCAAUAGGAUUCAUGAAUAAAAUCUUUCAUCCCAACAUCGACGAAGCGUCAGGAACGGUGUGUUUAGAUGUCAUUAACCAGACAUGGACGGCUCUCUACGACCUCACCAACAUCUUUGAGUCGUUCCUCCCUCAACUGCUCGCCUACCCCAACCCCAUCGACCCUCUGAACGGGGACGCAGCAGCCAUGUACCUGCACCGGCCGGAGGACUAUAAACACAAGAUCAAAGAGUACAUCCAAAGGUACGCCACAGAGGAGGCUCUAAAGGAGCAGGAGGAGGGAGGGGGCGACUCCUCUUCUGAGAGCUCCAUGUCAGACUUUUCGGAGGACGAGGCUCAGGACAUGGAGUUGUAGUGAAGGGGGAGAGAUCCUGUUCCCUUCACCUCACAACAGACUGUCGUUUCCUAAAGAGCAGAAACUCAGUACUAUAUUCAUAUUUAAGACAAUUUUUUACAGCGACACAAGGAUUUUUAUUGCUACACAAGGAUUUGCAGUAUGAUAUUGCAGAAUAUUAACCCUUAUUUAGAAAAUUCAUGACCACCUGCCCCUUAUCCCCCCUCGCCUCACCCCCCAGAGAGCCUUUUUAGAUCAGAAAGGAGUGCAUCAUUCAUUUCCAUGAUCUUUAGUGGCUUCAUUCACACAGCUCGACUGUGUCCAGACGGAGCAGUGAGACCAGCGCAGUUUCCCGUUUGUUCCCGCGAGCCACACCUCAUCACCUCUUCAGUUUUAAGACGCCUUCUUGUCUUUAUUUGACUUUUUGCUGCAUCGUCGCUGACAGAGGACUGCAGGAUGACAAUCCAUCAUUUCUGAGCGGUCUCGGCAAAAAGGCCGUGAAUUCCCAUUCUUUUUUUUUUCUUUUUUUUUUUUGAUGCCGCCCCGCUGAAGAAUCGCCAUAACAAUCAUCACUUCAGAGGAGCUGAAGAGCAGAGGGCCACAGCGAGGUUCAUCAUGUACAGCCGACACAGACGACUCUGAAAGGACUGUGCAAACCUGCUGACACAUCACACACACCAUCAAACAACCGAUGCAUCAAACAUGACAACACAACAGUGUGUGUGUGUGUGUGUGCGUGUGUGUGUGCGUGCGUGCGUGUGUGUGUGUGUGUGUGCGCAUGCAUGAAUGUAAACCAGGUAGAAUCAUGGCGUGCUGAUAACCUGUGUUGUACUGACCCCUGAUGCUCAGCAGAACUCUCUUCCUCUUCCUCCUCCUCCUCCUCCUCUCCGUUUUAGGAAAGUGUUUGUCAUUCUCUGAGUAUCUUUGUAUAUUGUGGCAUGACACAGAAGUAAAGUUGUGUAGGGCUUUGUGGAGCUGUAACGCUGUAGACGUGGGGAGGAUGCCUGUGUGCAGGUGGGGUUUGGUGGGGUUUAUCCAGGUCCUUGUUGAAUUAUUGAACUUCUUAACUUUGCCUAUUGCUUGUGUUGAACUAUAAUAGGUGUUUGACUUGCGUAGGGAUAGUUAGUUUUUUUUUUUUUUUUUUUUUUUUUUUUGCGGGUGGUGAAUCCUAUCAUAAUGUAUGGUUUAAUACUUAUAUAACACACUAGUUUAAAGACUAAUUGUCAUGUAAAGAUGAGGAGAGUUGAAACAUCUUUGUCUGAGGGAUGAGUUACAUCCUCCCAAAGACACGUUGCACCCCUGCACCCCCUUCUUAUAUGCAAAUGUGUCCGUAAAAGAUGAUUUACGUUGUCAGACAGAAGUGCUCUUUGUUUCAGCCAUUCAACACUGUCUCAUUUACUUUGUCCGGCAGUCGAUGGCCUGUUGUUUUCCAAAAUGGUGGGACCAAAAUCUAACAGAUGUAUAGGUUUAGUUUCAUAAAUAUCCAAAUAAAACAAACACACACGAGGAAAUGUUUUUUCAGGUUUACAUUGAGGUUAAUUGAGAAGAUAAAUGAAUAAUAUUGUGACAAACUCAACACUUCAAACUUAAAUUUAAAGUUUCUUCUUCUUCAGAGGACAGUUUGAAAGCCUUUGUCCUGGUUUACCCGUGGAGAGAUUUAUGUGCCCGUAGUGGAGCCUAUGCGCCUAUGUGGUGGAGGCGUCACCAGAGCAGUGACAGUUUCCUGUUAUAUUUCAUGAUGGUACACUGGUCUGGGUUGUAGCGGAAGCUUGAAGCCUGUUUAUGACAGAUGAGUUUGUAUUAUGUGUUAUUUUUGGAAGGAAACAAAAAUUAGUCAGUGUUUGGAGACAAACUUUAAUUAGUAAUUCCUUUAUACGUUUUAAAAAAUGAUAUCAGGAUCUUUUCCAUGAUGUCUUGUAAGAGGAUUUACCUUUGUUUGAGAAUUAACAUAGGUUGGUAAAACUAGCAUGUCACAGUUAUUCUUUUCGACGUGUAGUUAAAAUGCCUCUAAUUAACCUCAGUAACCAAAUAUAUGUUGGCGUAAGUCUUAGGACUACAUGAUGUCACAGUCAUUUGCAGCAAAAGAAACAAACCACUGUCCAGCCUUGUUGUUUGACAUUAUCUGGAUUCAUCAGUGUAUUCUGUAUUUUUUAUUAAUGAGACACAUAUAUUUAAUGCCUAUAAUUUGUUUGAAUGUUUUUAUUUUUGUCUUUUAUGCCCUACGUACAUCCAGGAUACGAGUCCAGAUAUCUCUGAUUUUUAAAAAGCAAAAAAUGAAUAAAUGUGCUUCCCUUGUAACUUGAAGAAAGAAAUAAACAACAAAAAAAUGUCUGAA